AUGACAACGACAACCAUGCCUGGAGAACAGAAAGUGACGAUGAAACCACUUACAUCAAUGAUUAAACUGCCAACUGAAACAACAACAAUUGUUGAUGUAUGCUCAAAUACGCAAAAUUGUCAUAUUAUAACUGGAACAACAGCAACCGGAAUGAUAACUACAUGCACAACUAAUGGCAAAGCUGAAACGAUUCAACCAGCUUCUGAUAAAACAAUAACAAAAUUCACAAUUACGACAUUUACUCAAACUAUUACCAUAAUAUACCCAGGAUAUGAAACAACUAUAACUACUUCAAGCAACGGUAUUUUAAUGACUUAUACAACCUAUUACCAACCAAGUACUGUCAUUGCGUUACAACCAGUAACUGCUACUGUACCUGUAGAAGAUGCUAUAAUUGCAUCGAAUGGUAUUGGUACUAAAUUUAAAGACAACAAUGGUUUAAUAGGCAUUGUUUUGAGUUUGUGGAUUGUCAUGUGGAGUCUAGUAUACAUGAGCAAAUUUUAUUAA